GUAGCAACAUGGAGCCCAGGACACUACAAGCAAGUCUAACUUUGUUAAUACUUGUAACAAGCAGUUAUGGAGGACACUUAAAAUCAGGGCCCACUCUGAAAAUGGACCAGGCUUUGUUAAUAUUUCACAACCAGCUGGCAGAAGAAGUGCAGGUCUUUUACACAUCAGAUCACUGCUACAAGUGUCUGUACCAGCAUUUGGUCACCGUGAAGCCCAACAACAACAAUGCAUCUGUGGUGAUCAGCACAAAAUUCACUCUGACUAUGCAAGUGGACUCACAGUCCAGGAAUGCGACUCUCUGCAGGUGGAGUCAGACGUAUGGGGAAGGUGGUCAUUACUCUGUUUGGAUCCAGAUGUCCGAGUCUGCCAGCUGCACUGACGCUGUGGAUAAAAUCCCAAACAACGUCUACCUUCCUCUCCUGGUAGCAGCUCUCUUACUGGGCGUAAUCGCUCUCUUAUUCGCUGUGGCACCCUACAUCUUCAGGAGGCGUUGCUCCUCAGAAUGUAUUAAGUCCAUUUGCUGCCAAGGCUCACAGUACUCAGUGGAUAAUGAUGAGGCACAGGCUUGUGAGGUAGAGGAGGAAAAUGCCACUAAAGCCAAACCAACACGUCUGCACUCACUGGACACUUUCCGAGGGUUUUCCCUGACAGUGAUGGUGUUUGUGAACUACAGUGGGGGAGGCUACUGGUUCUUCCAACAUGCACCAUGGAAUGGCCUUACUGUGGGAGACAUUGUCAUGCCAUGGUUCGUGUUUAUUAUUGGGACUUCGGUGGUGUUGGCUCUCAGAUCCAUGCAGAGGAAAGGAGUCAGCCACCUGCAGCUGCUGCGCAAAAUCACCUGGAGAACAGUCGUCCUGCUGAUGCUCGGCUUCUGCUUCCUCAACUACUCUCCCAGAGACGGACCACUGUCCUGGUCCUGGCUGAGGAUCCCUGGGGUGCUGCAGCGUCUGGGCUUCACCUACUUUGUCCUGUCUCUCCUGCAGACUUUCUGGGGCCACGAAGAAAUCCCACUGCGAGCGCAUCACUGGUGGAACCCCGUCCAGGACGUGGUCCUGUACUGGCCACAGUGGCUGAUUAUCGUCCUGCUGGAGACUCUGUGGCUCUGCAUCACUCUGCUCCUGCCUGUACCCAACUGCCCCACAGGGUAUUUGGGAGCUGGUGGAAUUGGGGAUGACGGUCUUUACCCAAACUGCACUGGGGGCGCAGCAGGAUACGUUGACCGAUGGAUGUUUGGGGAUAACAUGUACAGAUACCCCUCAUGCAAAGAAUUGUAUCGCUCCACGCAGCCCUUUGACCCAGAGGGGGUUCUGGGUACAAUAAACUCUGUUGUCAUAGGAUUCCUGGGGAUGCAGGCUGGGAAAAUUAUCAUUUUCUACCGGGGGAUAAACGUCCACAUCCUCUGUCGAUUCCUCGUGUGGGCCGUCAUCCUGGGAAUCUCUGCAGCCAUCCUUUCUAAGUGCACGCGAGAUGGAGGAUUUAUACCUGUCAAUAAAAACCUUUGGUCGUUGUCCUUUGUGUUGUGUAUGGGCAGUGUCUCCUUCCUGCUGCUGGGAGGCAUGUACUAUGUCACUGAUAUCAAAGGCUGGUGGGGCGGGCAGCCAUUCAUAUACCCAGGGAUGAACUCCAUCUUUGUAUAUGUUGGUCACUCUCUCCUGGGGUUCUACUUCCCGUUCAGCUGGGAGAUGCGCUUCCAGGAGAGCCACUGGGAGCAGCUCUUCCAAAGCCUGUGGGGGACUGCACUGUGGGUGCUCAUCGCUUACCUGCUGUACAGGAAGAAAUUCUUCCUCAAAAUAUAAACCAGGAUGCUCAUCUGUCCUAUUUUACAUUCUGUAGAUACCAUUAUUUUACUGUUCAACUCUAACAAUCACUAUUUAUUGUAAGGUAUGUGGAAUACAAUAACUUCUGUGGGAAAUGUGUCCGACUGUUUUUGGCUUAAUCAGUUUAGUUUACUUUCCAGUAAUGUACAACCUACCCAUGUACAAUUGAGUUGUACUAAUGCUUACAUUUUUUUAUCAAACACUGGCUGCAUGAAAGCAAAAAUGAUGAAAAUGUAUGAAUAUCUAUGAAAACCUAAACAAGAUGUUUAUUCCACCGUCAGUGUGGGCAGCUGUGAAUUUAUUUGAUGCCACUUGUUUUAUGCACUGAAUAGACUGAUUAAAUCAAAUAUACUGAGGUGGUACUUAACAAAUUAGGCCGAGUGAUUCCACUACACACCAGGCCAGCCAUUAUGAGUCUGUUGCCAUGGCCACUCCUUCCCCUUCUGUGCGUGUGUGGAUACCAUCUGCUGUCCGAGUGACAGUACUUUAAUAGGGGUCAAGAUGCACGGCUCACAAAGGAGUGUCAUUAAUGGGAACGACACCUCUUGCACUCAUUGUAUUAGAAAAUCAGGGAAAUUACAGAAAUCCAAUUCAUCAGAGAACACAACGAGCCGCCUUCAAGAGCCUGAGCCCAUUUUACAUAUUCAACACAUGCUCACCAACUGAAACGGGGCUUAUUUUUAGAACAUAACGUUUCCACGUGGUUGAGUAUUGAGUGAUUUAUUGAUAUUUUUGUUUACAUGACGGUAUUGAACAUGCUGUGUGACUUUAGCAUCAGGUCAGGUGCUGUGUACAUCAUGAAAUUAACAUCUAGUUAAUGAAAUGACAGCAUCACGCUGCUCUUCCAGAGUGAAAUCAUAUUACACACUGCUCAGAUGGCGUAGUAACGGUGUAAUAUGCUGUAGUGAUUUUGGUAAUUAUCUUAUGAACAGUCUGGAUCCCUGUAGGUGCAUCCUGCCUUUUUGAACAGGACUCUAGUCCAUAAUUGCUUUCCCCAAACCACUGUGCAAGAAAUGGAAACACAUCUCCUCGAGAUGAAAAUAAAAUCAAUAGUGACUUACCACGGGGGUCUAAAAAUAUCGUUGUGUGUUUGCAUGCAUUGAUAAUGCUUUGUAUUUAAAUGUAAGCAUUUAGCUGAGUCAUUCUGAGAGACUUACAGGAACUACAACAGCACAAUGAGCUCCAUUAGAAACAUCCCAAGAAAAAAUGUUAAGGGUCACCAUAGCAAGGUCUAGACAGCCGAGAUGAUGAGCAUUGUGCUUAUGUUGCAGAUAACAUUUCUGCUGAACCCAUGAUACAGUAACAUUGUCAUAAAAAGCCCAUAAGAUAGCAUUGUGGUUCCACAUACCAUGACUACACCACAACAUUUCCUUGUCUUUAUUGAUUCUUGUUGAGCAUUAUGUCUCUUGAUACCUAUAGUCUGUCAUAUGGAAACUUUAUCCCAGAUGCAAUGUUCUCAUUGAGACCCCAUCUUCUUAUAUCACGUAAUGAUCUGCACGCUCUCCCUUGAUACAGAGAGCAGCAUUACAUUCAUCCUCCUAUAUCGUGUAAGUGACCAUUUGGGUAUCUGUUAACAUAUUGACGUCAAUUUCACAUUUGAAAAAAACAUAUCUUGAAGAAAGUGGACAUUUUCAAGCAAUAACUUUAAUUUAAAUGUAAUUAAAGGGUUUUAUUUUAGGGAUGGCUCGAUAACACUUUUAUCAUGUCCGAAACCUUAACGGAAACAUUAAGUAACGGCCUUGAGUCUUUUUCCCUCUUAAACUACUAAGCUGUUAAUAAUACAUGGACACACUUUUCUUAGCCAUCUACUCUCAUGCUCAAACUAGGAAGCACAAUUGUAUUCCCAUACACGGUUACACAAUACUUCUGGUGCUUUUUACUGUUCUUUUAGCAGUCCUUUUUAUUUGUUACAAAGAAAAUUGUAAUUCCGUGUAAAUUACUGGACGUAACUUAAAACUCAAUGUAGCCUAUAUCUCAAAAAGCUGUUUAAGGCUAAUGGAUUGUUUCUGUUGUGAUUUCUUUUUAAUUGGGUCCAGUGAUUGUGUCCAGGAUUGUACUGAUAGUAUAUCAUCCCCAAAAUGUUUUGUGGCUGAGCCUACAAAAUAAACAUUUAAACAGCUAAUCUGAA